CGAGUCUCCGGUCAUGCUUGGCGAGAAGGAUCGUUGAUUGAAUGGGAUUGAUUGGUAUCUGAUCCAAGCAUGAUCUUCGUACAUGAUACCCCUUAUAUCUCCCCCGUACAGAGGGCAUCCUCGUGUCCCUCCGCCGGAGGUCCGAAUUGCAAUGGUGUAUAUAUUGAAGAUCAUCCCAAGGAAGCAUUUGUUCAAUGUUACUUUCCACGUAUACUUCAUUGCUAAAGGAAGCUUGGCGCUUUCUGAAAGGACCACCGACCUCAUUGAGGAUUGUCAGUGGUCAAGACAGGUUGCCGUCUCGGUGUCGGAAUGAAACAGACGGUCAAACCUCAACCCUCUGGAUUUUUUCUAGUCCUUGAUGUGGGUAUUGGCCAUAAGGGGAAGAAGAUUAUAUAUCACCAGAAUUUGUACAAUUCAGAAGUUGAACGUGGCUCACGGUCUGCAGAUCUGUCGGGAUGAGACAAAAUGCUAAUGACGCGGCUUGACUGGGAUCUUGGAUGCAAUUAACAACUUUACCUACAGCCGUUCACCAAUCGCGUGCCUCGGAUUUUUCCCCUAAGGUCUCCAAUAUAUUACAUGUCCGUGAGCCAUGCAUGCGCGAUUAUGGUGGGUUAUCGACCCCGGUAAUCGGGCGCGGAGACCAUUCGGGAGGAAUAGUUCAGUUCCCAAAGUCUUCUAUAGAAAGAGAGAGAGAGAGAGUGUGUGUGUGUGUGUGUGUGAUUGUUUCAGGAGUGCUCCAUACUCCAUAAGAGCAACAUAGGAUCCGAAGGUCUAGA